AUGUAUGUGAAAUGGUUUGAUACAGUAAUGUUUUACUAUGUGAUUUUAGUGAAUGUCACUUUUUGUCAUUUUCAAAUUUCCCACCGUUCCCCGUACGUCCCGACGCUCGCAGGGGAUGGAAACCAGAUGACAGAUGCCGGCAUCCGACGGAUUACAUUGCCGGGGACACUGCAGGAGGGACAUCGCGGGAGCACAGGACAAGGUAAGUGAUCAAGGGAUCCUGGAGCAGCGCCGCAUGGUAAGCCCGAGUGUAGCUCGGGGUUACCGCUUGUGCUACACUCUGGAAUACCGCCAGGGAGGUUA